CGCUAGUAGGCUCGUCGGUGAGAGUCGUGUCGUUCACUCGAAGUGAUCGUGUGGUGUUACUCGACGAGCCAGUCAGAAGGCGGUAUACCGAAACGCGAGGUAUAAGCAAACGGCGUCAAAUAAUUUCGCAGUUGUGAGUGUAUUUCGUGAGACUGUGAAACGAGAAAACGAACAAAGCCUAUUAUAAGCGGAGUGUACACCGACGGUGGAGCUUCGAUUUUACGUACUGUUUCUUCACUAAAAACAUAAAACCAUUGCGUUGCACUGUGUAUGGUACACGAGCGAUCCAAGAUGCUGUCGUCAGUGCCAGCGAAAUAAUAAUGUGGUGCGACGUUGGUCAGAGUUGUGCAAUGAUGGGUCUGCAGGCCACGGCAGGAAAACGUAAACUGGAGGGAGGUGUGGGCUGCAUGGAGUUCGACAUGGAUAUGGGCGAGAGCCCAUCGAAGUUAGGUCGGGUGGAGGGUAGCUGGUGGGCGAUGGAGGAUAGUUACACGCCCCCGCUGAGCCAAACGGCGUCAUACUACAAUAUGGAAGUGAGUUCGCCCUGCCUGCAGACAAAUCCUUGUCAGCCGACAUCGGCAAGCUCUCAGCAACAGCAGCAGCAGCAGCAGCAACAACAACAGCAGCAGCAGCAGCAACAGCAACAACAGCAGCAGCAGCAGCAACAACAACAGCAGCAGCAGCAGCAGCAACAGCAGCAGCAGCAGCAACAUCAAACGUCGCAGCAGCAGCAGCAACAGCAGCAACAAUCGUCGACACCGACGUCUGCGCCAACGCCAUCUACGGUGGCGCAUUUGCAUCAUCAUCCUCAGCAUUAUUACCAUCAUCAACGCGGACCGAGUAGCCCGGUCGGUAACAACGGCUACAGUCAACUCUCGAGGCCUCAGCCGCAAUGGGGAGCGCCUCAUCAUUACGAGCCGCCGACGAUACGGCGGGAAGAAAACGGGAAGAGUUAUCUGGAGCUUGGCUCGAGUUACCGAGCGAACGAGAGGUGCUGCGAGGGCUCGAGGUCGAGUUGGUGUCGACGCGGCAGAGCCUGUUACAGACAAAGGCGACUAGCCGUCCUGAAUAUCUCUAUGUGCAAGCUGGCGAGGUAUCGCCAGUUCCCAGAUCCAAGCCUUCAUCGAUCGGUCCUCAUCUGCAAUACGUUGAGGCAUCUGGAACGCGAGAUGGAGAGGGACAGAAGUCCGCCGCCCAUGGAGCCGGUUAUACCAGCGCCGAUUGUUCAACUUCAACCCCCGGAGCAGGGUAGGCUGACGCCGUUCCCGAUGCCGCCGACAUCUUCGAACGAGACCGACGUCGAUUCCGGGAUCGGCGACAGCGACGAUAGCCGUUCGAUAAACUGGGGCAGCGUGCUGUCUCUGUCGAGUCAGUCGCCCCUGGACCCGCUGAACAACAACGAGUUACUGGACGUCGAUAUAGGUCCGGACCUAGACCUAGACUUUAUGCCUGGAUGGAAGCUGACGCCUCUGUCCGCGGACGAUAUCCUGAGGAGUACGACGGCGCAGGAGCAGCACCAGCAUCAUCAACAGCAACACCAUCAGCAUCAACAACAGCAACAACAUUUAGCGCCGACUAGCGGUAGCUGUGGUAGCAGCAACGUGGGCAGCGCCUGCGUCAGUACCGGAAACAGCAGUAGUACGCACGAGUCGUUAAUGUGCGUUGGAUCAUAGCCCCCAAUUUUGACAUCGUUGAGUCACCUCAUCGAUUUUUACCCGCUGAUGCCGCAGAGCAAAUAAAGCGCGGCUCGAACUGCAAGUCGAACGUGGUCGUCCUCUCUCGAAUGUGCGACGCCUGGUGGGCGACUCUCCAGGAGGUCUUCUUUUUCUUAUUUAUUACCGUUCGUGUCAGUUACGCACCGAUCGAUUAUCUUGGUUACGUUCUACUACCACCGCCAACCGAUACUACCAUGGCUCCCCGUGGGAGAUGGGUACACGUCGUGACACGCUGCGCUCGCAGGUGCAGACGGUAACGGGGAUACACGGCGCAUACUUUGGAAAAUUUAGAAUACGAGACAAAAGAGGUGAUUACAAUUUCUAAAUCGUCGAAUGUACCUCCCCCCGAACUCGCGUUGUUACAGAAAAUCUUUAAAACGAGUUUACCUUAACGGAUGAACACGUUUCACGUAGUUUCACGGAACGUAGAUUACCAUUGUCUAUUGCACGAGACCAAACAUACUUUUAGAACAAUUUAUUUUUAUACAUGUAUUUUUUUUCUUGUACAGGUUAAAAAGAUUCGAUAAAAUUAUGUUUUAGUUGAAACUCUGCGACGCGAGAUCGGGUUCUACCUUCGGCUCCUCAACGGACACACCUCGAACGACUAGGUAUACUAUAUCGCAAACGAUCUGUUUUUGCAGUUGCACCUGCGAAUUCGGCGGCGCACGUAUGAGUUCCCCGGCUAGCUCUAAAUGUCGCCACCGGCACGUCCGACAGAGAGAGCGAGAGUGUGUGUGAGAGAGAGCGAAAAGUCUCAGAGCUUUCAACGUCCACGCCCCCGGGCCGGCGAUGCGGUAGACGAGUGCAGGAUAGCCUUCUACUCUUCGAGUCUUUAAAGGAGCCACGGCCAACCGGGCCCCCGCGGGCAAGGGUACACGCCACUUGCCUCUGGGUAUUUGCACGUCACAACAGAAAA